CAAAGCAAUAGAAAACGGACGUGCGUGCGGACGACGCCACCCGCCGACCACCGCACCACCGUCUUCUCUCUCUCCAGCCGAGCGGAGAAGAAGCCAGGCGGCGAGGGCGAAGCAUCCACCCGCCCACGCACUUCCCCGUCCCGAUCGAUCAGGCCGCCGUCGCGCCUCCCACCCGAUGCAGGACCAGGCCGGGGCCGCCUCCGGCUCCGGGGAUCCGGACCCUCCGCCGCCGCCACCGGAGCACGCCGCCGGCGAGGGCGGCUCCUCCUCCGCCGCGGCCGCCAGGCUCCCCUCCCGCAACGCCUCCUCCAAGUACGACUUCGUCAAGGUCAAGGUCUGGCUCGGGGAGAACGCCGACCACUACUACGUCCUCUCCAGGUUCCUCCUCAGCAGGAUGCUCACCGUCACCAAGAUUCCGAACCACGUCGCCAUUAAGAUUGCCCUUGAACUCAAGAAGUUGCUCGUCGACAACAGCCUUCUUGAUGUUUCACAGAGUGACUUAGAGGCCAACCUUUUCAAGCUAAUGGAGAAAAGGGGGUAUGGAGAGGACUACAUUAAUCGGUAUAAGAUGAUGACAAGAUUCCAUCAUCAAAGAGUACCACUAGUAAUUUUGGUGUGUGGAACUGCUUGCACUGGAAAAUCAACAAUUGCUACACAGCUAGCUCAAAGGCUCAACCUACCAAAUGUCUUGCAGACAGACAUGGUCUAUGAGUUGUUACGGACAUCAACAGAUGCCCCGCUAACUUCAGUACCUGUGUGGGCUCGGGAUUUUAAUUCACCUGAAGAACUUAUCACCGAAUUUUGCAGAGAAUGCAGAGUUGUUCGCAAAGGUUUGGCUGGUGAUUUGAAGAAAGCAAUGAAAGAUGGGAAGCCAAUUAUAAUAGAGGGAAUACAUUUGGAUCCAAGCAUUUACCUGAUGGAUGAGGAAAAUGCAGAUGAUAAUUCCAGAAUAGAGAAAAAGGUUGAAUCUGGAAAUCCAUCCAUCGUUGCAGAAAAGAAAACAGAACAGCAAUCAGAAAAUGGUCUACCUGAGAACACAGUAAGUAUUCUAAAGGAAGAUAUCAUACAAGGCCAGGACUGCUUACCUGAGAGUAGGACCAAUGAAGGGCUGUCUAGUGCUGACAGCCAUGAAAUUACUUCUGAUUCUGAAGAGAAAAUUCUCAAAGCUGAAGGCAAUGCACAUAAGGAUUUGGAUCAACAGAAGAACAACAGUGCCAAGAAAGACAAACCUGCUGCUGAACCGAUAGUUGUUCCAAUUGUGUUGAGGAUGUCUGAUUUUGAUCACAAGGCAUUGUUAGAGGAAUGGAUAGCCACUAGAGCUAUCAGAGAUAAUUGCCUUCCUCAGGAUCAUCGAAAGCUUAUAAACAACCUCAAACUUAUUCAGGAUUAUCUUUGCUCUUUUGAGUCGCAGGGAUUGACUGUUGUUGACAUCUCAGCAAACUCGUUUCCUCAGACGUUAGAUUGGCUUCAUGGCUAUCUUCUUCAGUGCAUUGAGCGCGGCCUUCUGGCUGCAUGUUCAGAAGGCCCCAAGCAAUAGGAAAGCCAGUUAACAUGAGGUCCUUCCAAUGUUACUACUCCCUCCGAUCCAUAUUAAUCACUAAAUCAGCGACAAUUAAUAUGAUAGGAGUAGAUAAAAUUUUCAUAUAUUAAAUUUCAGAUUUCAAUAAUUCUGUCGAAUUUGAGUGCUUAGGAAGUUAGAUGUCAUUUCCUUGUCUACAAAUCAUGGUGCCGAGGCACAAACCCUGCACAAGGCAUAAGCAUGCCCAUGGAUGGUUUGAUGACGAACAUACCAUGUCCUCCAAUAAAAUAGAGGGUUAUAUAAGAUUGCCGAGGGCAGAAAACUUGUUUGUAAGCGCGUAAUGCAAAUCUCGUUUACCACAUUUCACCAUAAAACGGAACAUGGAAUUGCUCUUCGGAUGCUUCUCCCAACAGGAUUGUGCCCAAGCCCUCGAAUGUGAUGUGAUCACCAAUUUGGAGGUCCACUUUUAGUGAUUGUAUCUCUCUCGUGUGACAGAUUUUCAGUGCCGAUCCAAUUAUCUUGAUGGCUUAGAAUCCUAGCAGAACUGAAAGUUUGUUACUUAGAGUACUCAUAAGCACACAAGGCGGUCUCAGAGAGACUCGAACAGAAAGGUUCGGUAUGGAGUCGUUAUUAUAUGUAAUGUGUAUGGUCUCCCCUCGUCAUGGGUUGUUUGCACUCGGCAUAAUAGAGUAUAGUCUUCCUGAAAGUUUGGUAUGUUUCAUUUGUAAUUGUUAGUAAUUUGUGCAAAUUAUGAAUCCAUGACUGGGUUAAUCAUGGCCACAUUAUGACUCAGAUUGAGAAAUGAGGUGCAAAUUGGAAGGUA